ACUUCAUUCUUUCUUACGUUUGUUUCAUUGUUUGUUUUGUUUAUUGAGUUUGGCUGAAUAAACAAGAAGUGAAGCAAAAAUGGUUGGAGGUGGAGCUCCACAGAAAGGAAGUGCAGCUGCAACUGCAAGCAUGAGAAGGAGAUAGCCAGCUAGAGCAGCAGCAGCAGCAGGAACAAUGCUUCAGUUCUACACAGAUGACGCACCUGGUCUCAAGAUAUCUCUAAAUGUCGUUCUUAUUAUGAAUAUUGGUUUCAUUGCCUUUGUUGCUGUUCUCCAUGUCAUGGGUAAACUCUAUUUUGUCAAGAGCAAAUAAACAGGACACAACCAAACAAAGCAAUGUCAUCAAUACCUUUUUUUUUCCUUUA